AAACAUUUAUGCAUUGGCUCACACCAAUCGAAUUUAUCCCUGUGGACGCAAUACUUGCCACAAUCAUAGUGUACAGUUUACUUACUACAAAUGGUAUCACAUGUUGGUUAGCAGCUCUAUUUAAGCCCAUGCACACCCUACGAAACACCUCACCGGUACAAUCACUUAGCAAAUCUAGCCCAUCUCACCAUCUCCAGCUGAGCUCAACACCACUACUACUGCAAACUCGAUAGGGAUGGCUCGCGGUGCAGCUACUCAGCUCGUGCUGGUCGCCAUGGUGGCCGCUAUGCUCCUCGUAGCCUGCGAUGCGGCGAUAUCCUGCGGUCAGGUGACCUCUGCCUUGAGCCCCUGCAUCUCCUAUGCACGCGGCAACGGCGCCAACCCGCCUGCGGCCUGCUGCAGCGGCGUCAGGAGUCUGGCCGGUGCAGCCCGGAGCACCGCUGACAAGCAAGCAGCGUGCAAGUGCAUCAAGAGCGCUGCUGGUGGGCUCAACGCUGGCAAGGCCGCCGGCAUCCCUUCAAAGUGCGGCGUCAGCGUCCCCUACGCCAUCAGCUCAUCUGUGGACUGUUCUAAGAUUCGUUGAUCGACCACUUCUUCUCAUCAUGGCUGCAUAUAGCUCCAGCGAUCUACGCUGAGUACGUUGAGGUCAUACACAUACAUAUACAUAUAUAUGAAUAAGUGCUCUCAUAUUAUCUCACUGCGUGACAGCGAGAGGAGUACCUACGUCCGGCCAGCUCUGCAUGGCAGGCCACACUGUUAUAUUGAUGUUUGGUUGUUCCUUCACCCUUUUGAGAGGACUCAUGAGUUUGUUCUUCUU